AAAAAAUCUUACCCACAUUAUUAUCUCAGUCGUUGCAUAUCAUGUUAAAUCUGGGUGAGAGGACAAAACCCAAACAACAAUCGUUGGAUGUCAGAAACAUCGUUAACUGUCCCAGAUAUGUUGCGGUGAAAACAAACGACUAUUUCUCUUUGAAUGUAAAGUGGUUUUCUAGACUUCUUGAAGCCUCACCAGUGAACUCCCACAACUAUGCCAUGGAAGACUUCCGGAGCAACUACCUUCGUCUCUGCAAAGAAAAUAACCUAAACCCCCAAGAAAGUGUUCUGAAUCAACUGAAGCAAGUCAGACAUAGUGGUACACACAGUAAGACACCCAGGGGGAACGCAUUGGCUUCGUCUAUACUAGGUUCAUCCACUAAGAUUGACACAGGGGUUGUAGGGGUGACGUUGGACCUAUCAACAACAUCACUGACUGCACAGACUUGCGCCAUUCUUGGUGAAGCUUUGGCUAAGGAUUGUUUGUUUGUUGAGCUGAAGUUGUCGGAUUGUAUGAUAGGUGAUGAUGGGUUAAAGCUUUUAGCGCCUGGACUGUGCACAAAUGUCGCCCUCAGGAGUUUGGAUCUUAAAGGAAACAACUUAAGGGGGGCAUCAGCAGAAGCCCUCGGGAAAGUCUUCCGUCAAAAUCAUUCCCUUAGAAGGGUUUGUUUAGAGUGGAACUCACUGGGCCUGGAUAGUGAUCGCUUUACACUACUCGCUGAGGGUAUAUCAGCGAAUAACAGUCUGGAGAGGUUAGAUCUACGUAAUAAUCAGAUCAGCCAUGACGGUGCAUCGGAGCUCAUGAAAUCACUGCAGAGGAACUGUGCUCUACAGUCUGUAGAUUUACGUUGGAACAACAUCGGCAUUGUCGGAGGGCGUUCAGCUUUAGCAAUGCUACAGUACAACAAGACACUGACAGAUCUAGAACUCUCAGGAAAUAAUAUUACUCAAGACAUCGUCAAAGCAAUUGAUAUUGCUAUGCAGCAUAAUCUUGACAGAGCCAACUUGUCUAAUGAGCAUCAGACGAGACAGAGCAUCAUGACACGGGAAAUCAAACAACUCAGAACAGAAAAGAAACAACAGUCGUCAGAUCUGCUGCACCGAAUCGAUCAACAAAAUGAUUUUCAUGAUAAAACCCGGAGGGACACAAUCCACAAGAUCUAUCAGCUGCAAGAGGCACUCGCAGAGAGAAAAUCAGCAUUUAACGCCCUCAAUGCCAAGUUAUCAAAGACUGAAGCCGAGUUGUUAUUGGUCAAUCAGAGGUCACGUGACUUGAGUGAGUUAUUAGAGAUAUCGAGGAAGGAGAACGAAGCGCUCGUCGUGAUGCAUCAGAAGGAAUUACAAACUCAACUUGGGGAGAAAGCUGCAACAGAGAGCAAACUGUUACAAGAAACCUCAUCUUUGAAGGAUCGAAGCCUCCAUCUUGAGACAAAAUCAGAUGAACUUGACAGACGCUGUCAGAAUCAACAAGAUCAGAUUUAUGAAUUGAAGGAGGAGUUAGCAUCUAGCCACGCCCAGACCAAACUACAAGCAACACAAGCAGAAGAGCGACUCCAGAAUGAGAGACAGAGAUUGCGUGACCAGCAGCGAGAUGUAGAGCAGCGCCACAUCUCAGAGAUUCAUCAUCUCCGUGAGUCAUCUGAGGAGAGUGAAAGAGCUUACAAAGAUCGCAUCAGUAAACUAGAGGAACACCGAAGACACAUUGAGGAAGAGAUGAGCAAACUUAAGAACCAACAUCUUACGGAGAGACUUGGGUUAGAAGAACAGAUUCUCAACACUAGACAGAGAGUCAAAGAGGAAGAGCAUCAGCGCAUGAAACAUCUUGAAGAUAAAAUCCGGCUCUUAAACAACGCUAAGGAUGAUCUUCAGCAGCAUCACUCCCAACAAAUGCAGACUAUAGCUGAGUUGCAAUCCAAGAAUAGUAAUUAUACACUUGAGGUGGAAUCCCUUAAACGCACAUUAGAGGAGCUCAAUCAGGAAGUAGCAUGCAAGAACAAUGAGCUUCAAGCAGAGGUUAAUAGAGUCAAGUUAAACCACAGUAAACAACUAAGUAAAAUGGAAGUCCAGGUACAAGACAUGGAGUCAUUAAGAGAACGAUGUUCAGCAUUGGAGUUACAGCUUACAGAUCAAACAAGGAGACAUCGUGCAGAGCUAAUGGAUCGUGAUAAUGAGCUAGUCAACACAAGAGACAGAAUGAGAUCUCAGGAGAUUGAGUAUAGCAGGAUGCAAGAAGAAGAAGCGCAAAGGGCUGGAAUGCUACAAGCAGCAAUCUCAGGCUAUCUCGUCUCCUCUAGAUCUCCCGCCGCUACUCCAAGGAAAUAAUGAGAAUCCAUUAAGACAGGUACAUACUUCCUGCGAAUGCGAAGCGAAUUAUCACAUUAUAUGGCUGUUUUGUGAAGGCAAUAUUUAUAUUAAUUUGGAUUUGCAGGAAGUAUGUUUAUUGGUAUUUUGUGAUGUACAAAGUUAGAUUGUCAAGAGCAGGGCUUGAACCUGCAACCUCCAGAUUAACAAGCUGGUACUCUACCAAGUAAGCUAUCUAGCCCUAAUGCUGGCACCUUCCUGUUUUGUCAGUCUCCCUAUUUUGUCAAUUUCUUUCUUUUUCUUUGUUCAACCUAAAAAUAUUUGUAAAUUUACUCUGUCAGUUUAGCUUGUGGUUUAUUACUAUUUAUUUAUUUCUUCUCAGUACUGUGCCAGGUUUACAGCAAAUAAUGAUCUAUCUGAAGUUUUUCAUUCAAUUAAGACUUUUGUAGACUUGUUGGUGUUUUUUUUAUAUUCCAUGUUUAACGUCUGAUUCAUGAGCACCACUUCCAAAUUCUGUAUUUGAUACAUUUCCAAAUAAUAAUUUGACCCAGUGUUAAUUUUUAGGGUUGUCUUCCAAGCUCAUGUGGAUUGCAUAUGUUAACAGAGUAAAGAUUGUCAAUAUUCAUCUUAAAGGCACCGGUAGUAAAGAUAGGAAGAUUGUCAAUAUUCAUCUUAAAGGCACCGGUAGUAAAGAUAGGAAGAUUGUCAAUAUUCAUCUUAAAGGCACCGGUAGUAAAGAUAGGAAGAUUGUCAAUAUUCAUCUUAAAGGCACCGGUAGUAAAGAUGGGAAGAUUGUCAAUAUUCAUCUUAAAGGCAAUGGUAGUAAAGAUUGGAAGAUUGUCAAUAUUCAUCUUAAAGGCACCGGUAGUAAAGAUGGGAAGAUUGUCAAUAUUCAUCUUAAAGGCACCGGUAGUAAAGAUUGGAAGAUUGUCAAUAUUCAUCUUAAAGGCAAUGGUAGUAAAGAUUGGAAGAUUGUCAAUAUUCAUCUUAAAGGCACCGGUAGUAAAGAUGGGAAGAUUGUCAAUAUUCAUCUUAAAGGCACCGGUAGUAAAGAUAGGAAGAUUGUCAAUAUUCAUCUUAAAGGCACCGGUAGUAAAGAUGGGAAGAUUGUCAAUAUUCAUCUUAAAGGCAAUGGUAGUAAAGAUUGGAAGAUUGUCAAUAUUCAUCUUAAAGGCACCGGUAGUAAAGAUGGGAAGAUUGUCAAUAUUCAUCUUAAAGGCACCGGUAGUAAAGAUUGGAAGAUUGUCAAUAUUCAUCUUAAAGGCAAUGGUAGUAAAGAUUGGAAGAUUGUCAAUAUUCAUCUUAAAGGCACCGGUAGUAAAGAUGGGAAGAUUGUCAAUAUUCAUCUUAAAGGCACCGGUAGUAAAGAUAGGAAGAUUGUCAAUAUUCAUCUUAAAGACAAUGGUAGUAAAGAUGGGAAGAUUGUCAAUAUUCAUCUUAAAGGCAAUGGUAGUAAAGAUGGGAAGAUUGUCAAUAUUCAUCUUAAAGGCACCGGUAGUAAAGAUUGGAAGAUUGUCAAUAUUCAUCUUAAAGGCACCGGUAGUAAAGAUAGGAAGAUUGUCAAUAUUCAUCUUAAAGGCACCGGUAGUAAAGAUGGGAAGAUUGUCAAUAUUCAUCUUAAAGGCACCGGUACCUUUUUACCUUUUGAUUAUUUUAAUCCUGAUUGUAAUUGUGUACAACUAACCUGUGAAGGUAGUUGCGUUUGAGAUACUGCGAAGCAAAUGUGACCAGGCAGAAAGAAUGUUCCCUAUAGGAAUACACAAUCUGAGUCGCAUUACCGCGUCUUAUAUUCAAUUUCGGGGGAUAAAAAGUGAUAAAUUUUGCCAUGACGGUAGUACUUCAAAGUUAAAUGUUUCCCAGAAUGCAUUAUACUAUCCACAGCUGAUGUACUUUGCCAUUCAUUUUUAGAGUCGUUACCAAACGUAUACAGACUCUUUAAAGCAUAGUUUAAAUAUGCCACCAGUGUAUCUGACCGAGUGUGAAACCAGACUUUCUGCUUCUCCUCCUCCAUACACUCUUGAUCUGCUGAGAUAAUAAUAAUAAUAAUAAUAAUAAUAAGACAUUUGUAAAGCGCCUAAUACGAAAAGCUUCUAAGCGCAUAAAGAGAACAAUAAAGUAUACAGUGAGAGAAAGAUCAAAAUUUACAAAUAAUCAAAUUACAUAAAUAAGCAGCUUUAAACAAAUGAGUUUUCAACAGAGACUUAAAACAGUGUAAUGAACUAGCCUUGCAAAUAUGCACAGGAAGACUAUUCCAAAGAAAUGGUGCGGCAUAUUCCAACAGCUUUAUUCCACGUUCUGCAUCGCUUUGGAACUCCCUGCCUGGUACAUGUUUCCCUCCAUCCUAUACAAUCCAGUCUGUUUUAAGAUGAAUAUCAAUUCCUACCUUCAGCUUCCCCAAAGUCUUUCCACUUUAAAUGAUUUUGUCUUCUUGUAGUCCUAUACCAAGAGUGGCUUUUAGGCUUGGUUGGGACGAACUUGUUUUAAAAAGAAUAUUUCAAAACAUACUUGGUGCUGGUUCUUAGUCUUGAGAUAUAUUCAGAAUGAAAUACCUACAUAUUAUGAAAUGAAUUACUGUUAGUUGCCACUUCCUUGCUUCAGUUUAAUUCUCUAUAAGGAUUGGGACACCAUGUUCCUUUUAAUUGUACAGAUUUUAUUGUAAAUACCUGAGGUUUGUAAUAUUUACUGCGUGUGUGCUUAAGUUAUACUGUUUUAUUGCUCACUAUUUUUUUUAAAGUUAAAUAGUUUGGGGCAAUUUUUGUUUCAGUAUUUUGAUUUUUUAAUUUGAAAAAAAUCAGUGUGCUUCAAAUAUUAUGACAUAAGUUUAGUUUGUAGUCACAACUAGAGGAUUUUCCCCUCGAAUUUUAAGGUCUGUUUUGCAUAAGGAAAAGAUUGGACUUUUCCCCUCCCAUGUAGAUAGUGUGGAUUUCGGUUAAGGUGCGUUGGUUUAAGGUAAAUAGAUUUUAAAAAGUAAAUAAAUGCUAAUUUAAUUACUCUCAAACGGUUGCAUUCAUCUUAUAGGAGGAUUCAUAAAUUAAAAUAUUCACAUCUUUUGAGAAA